AUGACUGACUUGUGUGGCCUCCCAGACGAGCUCCUGCUCGCAGUCGCCAAAUGUCUGCGAGACGACACCAAGAACGGAUAUAGCGAUCUCAAUCACCUCGCGUUGAAUUGCCGGAAGCUACGACCUAUUGCACAAGAAGUCUUCCACACGGAUAUCUCAAUCACUCCAACCCUGAAACGAGGUCUCGCGCGUCUCGCGCGCACUCUCUUGCAGCGACCCGAUCUUGCGAGAAGAGUGCUGAAACUAAACAUCGAGUUAUCCGGCAUGCCACUCACGCAUCACCGGAACUGCGUAUCCGAGGGACACUAUUUUGAAGAUAGUGAAGUGGAGUGUACCUGCGGUAUUCCGUACCUUGGUACUCAUUUCAUGGGAUUUCUGAUCGGUGUCAAGUCAAAGGACGGUGUUCCGCUUCGCAACAAGGGCUGGGAAGAUAUGCUGAUGAGAGGCGAAGACACGGCCCUUGUCGGACUAAUCUUGUGUGUCACGCCGGCCCUCAGUGAUCUCACACUGAUGAUCUGGGACUCACCGAGGUGUAACGACUUUGACAAUAACAACGUUGCUUGGGCCGAAUUCGAAAAAGUGUUCGAAAACAUCACCAGGCAAAAGGACUUGGCAGAUUGUUUCCAGGGUCUCUCUAGCCUGAAGCGGCUUGUCACAGAUGGUUACCCACCAUGCAGCUGGCUAAGUUUACCACGACUUGAAGCCGCGAGGAUCAACCUAUUCGAAGACCCUUCCUACAACACGAUGAUAUCGCAAAUUACACCUGGUGCAACUGUUUCUACGACCUUGACCCGUCUGGUCAUCCAACCGGAAUUUGAAGCACUCUACUCAUACGAUGCCAUUUACAUGGAUGGUUUUUACGGUCAUGUGAGAAGCGUUAUCCGCGGUCUCACAAACUUGACCCACCUCUUCAUUCUGUACCGCGCUAUUGUCGAUCCAUAUGGCAGAUUCGAUCCCCUCAACACUCCGCGAGGAUCUUUCGCGCACAUUGUCUCGCAUCUGGAGAGCCGCAGUUUGACGAAUCUGACUCUGGACGUUGAGCCCGCCCUCAAAGAUCUGGUCAGGUACAUGAUCAUGUUGGAGUAUACUCGCGGUGUAUCUCCAAUGACCUGGCUUGCUGGAUUACCUAAACUUCGCAAUCUCAAUGCCCCACAGGAAGCUUUCUUCUCUGCGAACGAGGAAUUCCGAACUUGUCAUCUACCUACCACGAUCGAGAGCAUCAGUAUCAUGGAUGCGACGUACGAGACCAAGCGCUACCUCAAGCAUCUCCUGGAUCUCCAAACAGAAUGGCCAAACUUGAAGACCAUCAAGAUUGGGGAGAGUCCGUGCAACGACCAGUCCGUAUAUCCAGCUGACAGCGAUGACGACGCUAGCGACGCAGGAGAGCGGCGGAAAGUCUCCGAACUUGAUGACUCAAUCUACGAACAGGCUCGGAGCCGUGGUUUGAGGGUGGAGAAGGUGCAGGAUAGAACUGCAUGGAAGAAGGGAUGGGAAGGUCUGGGUUUGUGA